UGGCCGUGGGAAGGAGGGGACACCCGCCAAGGAGGAAAUUUCAAUGAAAAGGCAAGCCAACGGAUGUUGGUCUUAGAAACCCUGUUUAGAUGGUGUCUGCCUGCUGUGCUGUGAACACGUGGCGGCCCCGUGAGUAAACGCUCCGCCCUGCAUGAUGAAUUGGAUGGCUGCGGACCCGAGGCGAAACGAGUAAUUGUCUCAUUUUCGUGCUCAUCUGCUUAACCGGUGGGACCAUGCCAGAACGGCUCUCGGAAGCGCUCUUGGAUCUCUGGACUCCAUUAAUAAUAUUAUGGAUUACUCUCCCCGCCUGCGUGGACACGGCUCCGACGACUCCAUCUCAAGUUCUGACGAGUGGAUCCCGUUUGGAACUAAACAGGCUGAGUGAGGAACAGCGGAUCUUGAACCGCUCCAAACGAGGCUGGGUUUGGAAUCAAAUGUUUGUCCUGGAGGAGUUUUCUGGACCGGAACCGAUUCUUGUUGGCCGGCUGCACACAGACCUGGAUCCUGGGAGCAAAAAAAUCAAGUAUAUCCUUUCGGGCGAUGGAGCUGGGACCAUCUUUCAAAUAAAUGAUAUCACGGGAGAUAUCCACGCCAUCAAGAGACUUGACCGGGAGGAAAAGGCUGAAUAUACGCUCACAGCUCAGGCAGUGGACUUUGAGACCAACAAGCCCCUGGAGCCUCCUUCAGAAUUUAUUAUUAAAGUUCAGGACAUCAACGACAACGCACCGGAAUUUCUUAAUGGACCCUAUCAUGCGACUGUGCCGGAGAUGUCCAUUUUGGGUACGUCUGUCACUAAUGUAACAGCCACCGAUGCUGAUGACCCAGUUUAUGGCAACAGUGCCAAGUUGGUGUACAGCAUCCUGGAGGGGCAGCCUUAUUUUUCCAUUGAGCCAGAAACAGCAAUUAUAAAAACUGCCCUUCCCAACAUGGACCGAGAAGCCAAGGAGGAGUACCUGGUCGUCAUCCAAGCCAAAGACAUGGGUGGCCACUCCGGGGGCCUGUCCGGGACCACAACACUGACAGUGACUCUUACUGAUGUUAAUGACAAUCCUCCAAAGUUUGCCCAGAGUCUGUAUCACUUCUCAGUACCUGAAGAUGUGGUUCUUGGCACUGCCAUAGGCAGGGUAAAGGCCAAUGAUCAGGAUAUUGGUGAAAAUGCGCAGUCAUCGUAUGACAUCAUUGAUGGGGAUGGAACAGCACUCUUUGAAAUCACCUCUGAUGCCCAGGCCCAGGAUGGCAUCAUAAGACUAAGAAAGCCUCUGGACUUUGAGACCAAGAAAUCCUAUACGCUGAAGGUGGAGGCGGCCAAUGUCCACGUCGACCCACGUUUCAGCGGCAGGGGGCCCUUUAAAGACACGGCCACGGUCAAAAUUGUCGUGGAGGAUGCUGAUGAGCCUCCUGUCUUCUCUUCACCCACUUAUCUCCUCGAAGUUCAUGAAAACGCCGCUCUGAACUCCGUGAUUGGGCAAGUGACCGCGCGUGACCCUGAUAUCACCUCCAGUCCUAUAAGGUAUAUUUCUCUUACUGGCUAUAUCAGUUGA